GAGACCGUCACUUCUCUUUGGCUUCUUGCCAUGGACGGGUUCCUCUCCGUUUUCCAACAUGUUCAUAUCUGCAAGUGGAGCGGGUGUUCUCCACACUUCACUUCCUCUCGGCAGGGGGAAGUGGUUGCUUUCAGGCUGAAAGCGGAGUCAAAGAGAGAGAGAAAGAGAGAGAGAGGGUUGUGUUGGGGCUCAGCGUUUGCGAUCACAGGGCGAAGAGUUCCAGUAUAGAAAUGGUCAAGUGGCUUCUCUUCCAGCUGGUGUUGGCCUCCGUCUUGGGAAUAGGAUUAGCGGGGCCUUCCUGCAAUCCCACACGUGCAGAAGCAACCUGCCGGGAAUGCAUCAACUUAGGGCCAACUUGCGCCUGGUGUAAGGCACUGAAUUUCACCAAGGCUGGAGAGCCAAAUUCUGCACGCUGUGACUCUGUGGAGACCCUUAAGAGUAGAGGUUGCCAACGUGCGGACAUAAUUAACCCACAGAAUGACAUGGAGCUACAAGUGGACAAGCCACUCGUCCAUUCUGGAGAUAACGUGAUACAGAUAAAACCGCAGAAGGUUAAACUUUUUCUUCGACGAGGCAGUCCACAGAAUAUUGAGGUGAAGUUUAAGCGUGCAGAGGGUUACCCUGUCGACCUGUACUACCUCAUGGACCUGUCCUACUCCAUGAAAGAUGAUCUGGAGAAUGUGAAGAAGCUAGGGGGGCAGCUCCUUCAAGCACUGAGGAGUGUCACAAAGUCAAUCAAAAUUGGAUUUGGUUCCUUUGUGGACAAGACGGUGCUGCCAUUUGUUAAUACGCACCCGGAGAAGAUGAAAAACCCAUGUCCCGAUAAAACUGAGGCCUGUCAGCCUCCUUUUGAUUUUCGGCAUAUCCUCAAGCUUACAGAUCAAGCAGAUACAUUCACUCAAGAAGUCGGCAAGCAGUCUAUUUCCGGGAACCUGGAUCCUCCAGAGGCAGGCCUGGAUGCCAUGAUGCAGGCAGCAGUUUGUGGGGAGGCGAUAGGGUGGCGUAAUGUCACACGUCUUCUUGUGUACACUUCAGAUGAUGGAUUUCAUUUUGCUGGUGAUGGGAAACUUGGAGCAAUUCUGACCCCCAAUGAUGGCCAAUGCCAUCUUAAUAAAAAUGGCAUUUAUGAAGAUAACACUGUAUAUGAUUACCCCUCCAUCGCUGAACUGGCUUCGAAGUUGGCUGAGAAUAACAUUCAGCCCAUUUUUGCCGUCACAACAAAAAUAAUGCCGAUCUACCAGGAGCUGAGCAAAAUGAUUCCAAAGUCUGCGGUGGGUGAGUUGAAGGAGGAUUCCAGUAACGUGGUUCAGCUAAUAAAAGACGCCUAUAAUAAUCUGUCUGCUACGGUGAUAUUAGCGCACAAAAACCUGCCAGAUGGGGUCCAAAUCUCUUAUACAUCACACUGCAGCGACGGAGAUACUCGUAGUGAUAAGGAAGGAACCUGUUCAAAUGUGAAGAUUAAUACUGAGAUCAGUUUCACGAUCACAGUAACUGCAGAGAAAUGCCUGACCAAAACAGAGUCCUUUGAGAUCCGACCUUUGGGCUUUACUGAGAAGCUGGAAGUUUCAGUGCAAAUGCGGUGUGGCUGUAAAUGUGAUGACAAGCCCGAUUUGUCGAGUCACUGCAACAACAAGGGUACAGUCAAGUGCGGUGUUUGCAGUUGCACCGAGGAUCGAAUUGGCAAGUUUUGCGAGUGUGACCCUGGUAAGCGCUCCACCCAAGAUCUGGAUGCGGCCUGCCGCAAGGACAACACAUCAGCGACCUGCAGUAACCAGGGAGACUGCGUAUGCGGUGCCUGCAUUUGCCACACUAACCCCAAUAAGAAAAUCUAUGGCCAGUACUGUGAGUGCGACGACCAGAACUGUGAGCGAAACUUGGGUAAAUUGUGCGCUGGUCAUGGGAAGUGCGAUUGUGGAAAAUGUCAGUGCGAUAAAGGCUUUGGUGGAACGGCCUGCGAGUGUGCGGAUGCCAAAGGGCAAUGUGCGGAGGGGGUGAACGGUACCACUUGCAGCAAAAGAGGGACAUGCACGUGUAACGAGUGUAAAUGUCUAGCAGGUUAUCAGCCUCCAUACUGCAAGGAAUGCCCGGGUUGUCCAUCUCCAUGCCCGAUCUACGUACAUUGUAUUGAGUGCCUUGGAUUUUCAAGUGGUCCAUUCGAGAAAAACUGCACUAAAUCCUGUAAGAAUAUACAACACAGGCUCGUGGACGAUCUGAAUGACCAGAAUGCAUGUAAAGAGAAAGACUCCAAGAACUGCUGGAUGAACUUCUUGAUGAAGGAGUUAGAUGGGGUUUCACAGUAUGAAGUGAUGAUCAAGAAGAAGGCAGAAUGUCCUGAGCCUCCAAAUGUCAUUGCUAUUGUUGCUGGAGGAGUUGCUGGUGUGCUUCUGAUUGGACUCCUCAUUCUUAUGGUCUGGAAACUGCUGACCGAACUCUACGACAGAAGGGAGUACAAGAAAUUUGAAAAGGAGAAAGCAAGGUCAAAGUGGAAUGACGCCGAUAACCCACUGUUUAAGAAGGCGACCACCACUGUUCUCAACCCCAACUUCAACGAGGACUGAAGAUUUGGAUGGAGCUCGGAACAAUUUAGCAUGUUUUGUGUCAACCAUGCCUGUGUUUCUUUAGGACUAACUUUACUGCUUAUCUUACAUAUAUUUUGUAAUCCAUGAACGUCACUCGUUUUGACUUGACAAAGAAGAGACGAUGUUAGGGGGGCCGGGUCGGUGACAUUUCAACCCUCAAAACUUUCCCCUGUUCCAGGCUCGGAUCUUCCUCUCACAACUCCCAGCCUCCCUUGGCUCUUCCCAAACUAGCAACCCACCCCCCCCAACCCCCACCCCGCUGCCCUUCCCUCCCACCGAAUUAAUAUCCACCCAAUAAAACUUUACAGAAAAGCAAAGCGCAGAAGAAAAUGAUUCUUCUGAAGGUGCACACGCUGUAUGAGAGCUAGUUCAUUAUUAUUGUCUCUAGCCAAUGGCUGCGGCAACAGGGGAGGGAGGCCUGAUCUUAAAAGUAAAAAAUUGGAGCAAAGUUCAAGCAAUUAAAAUCGCUAUUGAAUUCCAACGUGAAAUCUCAGUCAGGAUUGUGAAUGCUAAAUAUUAACGUUUUUGCCAAAAUGUCAAGACCCAGACCCACAGGACCAGCCAUUAAUGCAAAAUGACAGCAUUUGUACCCAGUUGCUGUUGCCGAUACUUGAGAACCCAGCGUCCAAGUAUGGACACUGGUCUCAGAUGCCACUUCCAGCUUCCCAUACCCAGUCUGGCUGCCAGAGCCUGAUACCAGCAUCAAAGCAAUUGCCUCAGGAUCCUGUUUGCAGACUUGCCGCAGUUUUGUGACAAUUGUGCUUUUCUCUCCUGGCGUAGCUUGAUGGCUGUUUUGUGAUGGAAUAUAAAUCAGUCAAGGAAAGUACGAUUGAAUUAAUUCUAUAUUGUUGAAAAAUAAUACAUCUGGAUGAGUAAAUCACUUAAAAAGCAGUUCUCUGCAGCCCUGUUCAUCUCAUCCCAGGUGCUUUCAACCACUUUUCUUUGAGAACCAAUAUCCCUCCCAGGUGAGUGAACAAAUAGCUCACCUUAGGAUUGUUCCAAAUCACAACGAUUUUAAUCGAUGGACACCAGUCAAAAAUAAAAAAGGGGUCUUGCUUGAAAUAAAUGGGGAUAGAAAUGUAGUUUAUCAUUGGCCUCAAGCAAGUAUAGUGGUUUUCUUCCGCUGAAGAUAACCAUUGGCUAUUAUGGGUACUUCUGUUCAUAUAAUAAAGCACUUGUUCUGGUAUUUUUAAUCGGUUCAUCAAUAAUAGAAGCACAGCUGUCCCAGUUCCUGUAUAAUAUGUUUUCAGUUGCAUCUUUACACAAGCUGUGGCAAUCUAAUUUAAUUUUUUUUUAACUUUUUUUGUUUGUGAGAUUAACAUUUGCAUGUAAGCAAUUCCAGGUUAAUGGCAAUGACUGGUUGUCACUGCCACAAAACUGCUUCCAUUGGUGCCACGCUAACUGUGAUUUACAACUUGCACUCCUGUGCUGUGACAAGAAUGUGGAGGUGCAUUGGACACAACUCAACUCCUGCUGUUCAACUUAUGGGAACAGUUUAUGGUCGCCAAAUGUUUUUGGGUAUUUAAGGUAGCAUGCAUCAUAGGCUUUAAAUUAUUAAAUUGAGAUAUAAUAUGAUAGGAGAAACCUCAGAAUUUUGAGAGUUGGUGUCCACAUUUAAUCAGUCCGGAGUUACAGACGCAGCAGGGAAAAGAGGUGUCGUAAUUUAUGUCCUCCAUUGUGAAGUUUAUAAUUGCACUUUUGUACAGAAGCAUGUGUACCUAGACUAUUAGAGUCUGUGUGAAACUUCUCCUAAUGACUGUAGUACAGGGUUCACAGCAGAGGCAACGCCUCGCUAAACUUGUGAGCUCAGGCAUGCUUUAUCUGAUCUCCUCGAUAAGUAAACUGCUGUACUAUGAUACUGAGAGAAAGAGAGGCUCAGAGCAGCAAAGAUAAGCUCCACUCCUUCAUCACCGACGACAUCCACAACCUUGUCACUGCUGCAGGCUUAAGUGCGGUGUUCAACCCACUGAGGCCCAGGAUGUGUCUGACCCCACAAAAAAUAGCCCACUUCAACCUCCAUAACAUUGUGCAUCUUCACCCAUCCAGCGCACUGUAAUACAAAUGUCCGUGUCUUCACACCUCCAUUAUGCAGUGCUGUCCUUGCCAGCCUUCACACCAAUACCCACCCACCGCGCCCCCCCACCCCAAAUAAACAUAAAUUCAUCUAAAACUCUUCUGUUCAAAUCCUAAACUGAACUAAGUUAUGCUGAUCUAUUAGAUCACCCUCACUAACUUAAAUUGAGUCCUGGGCCUCAACCCCUGAAAUUUAAUCAUUAAUUAUAUUUCACACCAUUUCUCCCAUUUCUUUAACAUGCUGCUGCCUCACUCUGUUCUUACCACUCCCCUUGACUGCAGACUCAUGUAAAUACCCCGCUCCACUCUCCCCAGUUUUGGUGGCUGUGACCUCAGCCAGCUUGGUCCAAUUCUCUUUAAUUAGCUCCUUAAUUCCUUCUGCCACUGCAUUCUUUCUUGCUUUAAGGUCCUCCUCUAAACCUUUUGGCUGUCCUUCUCAAUCCUUUGGCUUAGCUUUUUUAUGUCUACCUUAUUGCCUUGUGUCACACCUUGCUGUGUCCCUCCACGUUAAAGGCAAGUUGUCCUGCUUCUAUAUGACGAUGGCAUCCACCCAUCUCUGUGCCUAGGAUGUAUGUAACAUGACUCCUAUAUGACUAUUUGCUAUUCCUCUUAAGUUUUAUUUGUUAGCUUGUUGUGGAAAUGGUGACAGCUCUACUUUAAUGAAUUCCUGAAAUGGUCAGCUUUUGUGGUUUGGUGUGGGAAAUCAUUAAAAGUGGAUUCUUGAAGUGGGUUGAAGUAGAAUCUCUGUUGAAUUCCUCAUUUAACUCUGACUGCUUGCUGACCACGCUUCAUGUAAACUGUUAUAAUGGAAUAUAAAUCCCCAGCAAUAUGAUGACUUGAAUUUGCUGAAUAAAAAGGAUUGAGGAAAUGAGAAACAUUACUUUUCCACCCGUUCUGUUGACAGUAAUCCUCAAGAUUUUAUCUUGCAUUGGAGCCUCCAUUGUCAAGGGCAGAUUUGACAUCUCCAGCAUCUGCACUCCAAGUUGGAGAAAUCCAAAUGCCACUGAAAUCGAACAUUUACCCUGGCGUAUGCUACACAAAGGGCUUCGGGACAUUGUUGGGCAAUUAAAGCAUUGAAACUUUGCUCAACACUUUAUAAUAAUCAGACACAAGAGGCUUUGAGAUUUACAGAGUCGUGGAGGAAUUUGUAACAAAUAGUGUUUAAAAAAAAAAGCAAAGAGCUUUGAGAACUUAUUUUGUUGUUGAUUAAAUCAUUGCGAGCUUUAAAAAUAUUCUUGUUGAUUGUAUAAUAUUGAUUUAAAAUUAUUUUGUUUUUUUUUAAAACUAAAGCUAGUUUUUUAAUGGAAAAAAAAAUGGAUGGACUGUAACUCACUGUCUCCUACAAUAAAGAAAAACAUUG